CUCCCAUUCCUAUCACCAACGAUCGAUCCAGAUCAUAUCCCCUACCUAUACAAAACACCCAAAACACAUCAUAGCCACGCAGACAUGGUCAAACUCACCAUCAAGACCGUCCAGAACAAGGUCUUCAACGUCGAAGCGGGCGAGAACGAGUCGAUCGCCGAUGUAAAGAACAAGAUCAAGGACGCUCAGGGGUUCGCCGUAGAGGCUCAAAAGAUCAUCUAUGCCGGAAAGGUGCUUGGAGAUGCUACGACGGUAGGGCAGCAUAACAUCAAGGAGAAGGAUUUCCUCGUGGUCAUGGUCACCAAGGCCAAGCCCGUAGCAGCUGCCUCGACCGCGACCGCCUCGGCCGGACCUUCCACCCCUGCCCCGGCCUCGGCACCUACGACCGCUCCUCCUGCUCCUGGCGGCCCAUCGAGCACGAGCACGACCACCUCCCAACCUCCUGCUACUCCUUCCACCCCUACACCGGCUUCCGCACCCGUCUCCAACCCUCCCGCUGGUGCAGGUGCAGGUGCAGGUGGGGACAACAACAACAACUCGUCCUUUAUAAGUGGAGAAGCGCUCCAGACCGCCAUCGCUGGGAUGGUCGACAUGGGUUUCGAGCGGGAUCAGGUGAUGAAGGCGCUCCGGGCGAGUUUCAACAACCCGGAUAGGGCGGUCGAGUAUCUGAUGACCGGAAUUCCAGCGCAUCUGGAUCAACCGGCCCCUGCUCCUCAGGCUGCUCAACAACCUCAACAACAACCUCCCCAGACGCCCACCCCAGCUCAAAACCAACCUCAACCUCAAGCGCUCGCACCUACCCCCUCGGCAGCGGCAGCUUCCGCCCCGGCUUCGGGAGCAGGAGCCGCUGAUAACCUGUUCGCUGCGGCCAGGGCGGCUAUGGACCAACAGAGGGCAGGAGGUGCUGUCGGUGCUGGAGCCGGUGCCGGUGCUGGUGCGGGUGCUGCGGCCGGAUUGGGCGCCGGGCUCGGUGCGGGAGCUGGAGCUGGAGCGGGUGCGGGACUGCCAGAUGGUUUGGAAGGUCUGGGGAAUGAUCCGAUGUUGCAACAGCUACGACAGCUCAUGAUCCAGAACCCAGCGAUGAUUCAACCUCUGAUCCAACAGAUUACCGCCAACAACCCUCAACUCGCCCAACUGAUCAACCAAAACCCGGAAGCGUUCUACAACCUGUUGGCAGGGGACGACGAGGAGGGCGAUUUCGAGGAAGGUGAUUUCGGUGGAGCUGGCGGGGCGGGACAGACGGUGAUUCAGUUGACGGAGCAAGAGGCCGAGGCCGUGAGGAGGCUUGAAUCCCUUGGAUUCGACCGUCAGUCGGUCCUCCGGGCGUACAUGCUGUGUGACAAGAACGAAGAGUUGGCGGCCAACUUUUUGUUCGACAAUCCCAAUUUCGAUGGGCCCGACGAGGGGGGCAUGAUGUAGAUGAGGCUUUCGAGUGAAACGGCGAAAGUUUGGGCUUAGGUACCGGUCUAGCCUGUGUUUUAUGAGAGAUCGUAGAGUUCAGAAUGUCACAUGAAGUAUACGAGAUGCAUUGUCCGUCUGUCAUUACGAUGAGCCUAUGGGAGAGAGCUUCAUAUUCGUCACCCCGG